AUGUUGCGUCUCCAAUCCGCUCUGUUCCUCGCCUAUCUGGUGGUCAGGUCUGUCGCCGCAGACGACUUUACCCCUCCCAACUGCAGUCUUGAUGAGCACUGUCCUGAAAAGUACCCCUGCUGCUCCGUGUACGGACAAUGUGGUACCGGCGCUUACUGCCUCGGCGGUUGCGAUCCCCUGAUGUCGUACUCUCUUGACUCCUGCGCCCCGAUGCCCAUCUGUGAAAGCAAGACCUACAAGUGGGAGAACCUGGACAACGCCGCCACGAACAGCGAAUAUCUCGGAAACGCCUCAGCAGCCGACUGGGUGUACAGUGGUGAGCCCAAGAUUGAGGACGGAAACCUUGUGCUCACCAUGCCCAAGGAGAGCACCGGCUCUCUCUUUGCAAACAACCACUAUAUCUGGUACGGCAAGAUCGGCGCCAAGAUCAAGAGCAGUCGCGGUGCUGGUGUUGUUACUGCCUUCAUUCUUCUCUCUGACACCAAGGACGAGAUCGAUUACGAGUGGGUUGGUUCCGAUCUGGCCGAGGUCCAGACCAACUAUUACUUCCAGGGCAUUCUUGACUACGACAACGGUGGCAAGUCCAAGGUUGAUGGUGACAACACUUAUGCGGAUUGGCAUACCUACGAAAUCGACUGGACUCCCGAGAAGAUUGACUGGUUGGUUGACGGCGAUGUUGUUCGAACUCUUACCAAGGAAUCCACGUUCAAUGAGUCCGCGGACCGUUACGAGUACCCCCAGACCCCGUCCCGAAUGCAGCUGUCGCUUUGGCCCGCUGGUCAAGCUAGCAACGCUCAGGGAACCAUUGAGUGGGCUGGAGGUGAGAUCGACUGGGACUCCGAGGACAUCAAGAACCAGGGCUACUACGCUGCGUACUACCAAGAUGUGACCGUGGAAUGCUAUGACCCUCCUUCCGGCGCCAAGAUCGACGGCGACGUUUCCUACGAUUUCAAGGACGACAAGGGUCUCGAGAGCUCCGUUGAAAUUACCGACAACAAGACCGUGCUUGCCUCUCUCGGCGCGACCGGUCUCGACAUGGACCUUGGCUCCAACAAGACCAGCAGCAGCGGAAACUCUACUGGUACCAUCUCCAACUCCACCGUCCCUCAGAACCAGGGAGGCACCGGCAACGUUGUCGGUUCAACCAGCGGAGGUGGCUCUGGCUCAUCUAACACUGGCUCUUCCGGGGGCACUUUCAGUCAAGGCACCGAGGACACCACCGACGGCGGCGAGAACGCUGCUCCCGCCGAGCGUGUCCUCAAAGGCUCCUUCUUCGCAGUCCUGGUCGCUGUCGUUGUCCUCAUCACCAUGUGA